UAUCAAAUAAUAGUCAAAUACCUGAAGGAUUACCAGUAAUUAAUGAGCACUUUAAAAUUAUCGAACACAAGAUCAACAUUUCCUCCACUACUGAAGCAAAAAAUUAUAUAGACGAAUUCACCGUAGGAAAUGAGGCUGGUGGUAUUGGAUGGGAAGAAUAUACCAAAGUUUCUCCUGCAGCAGCGAAAAAAGCGUUAAUGUAUAAACAAGUGCUUAAAGAUGCAUUAGAUAAUGGUAUAUCAUUUAGUAUGCCAGGUUUUACCGCUUAUGUUGGUUAUUUAUGA